AUGCAGAACCAAACCGCAGUGACACAGUUUAUCCUCCUAGGCUUCACUGAUGUUCGCUGGAUGCAGCUACUGCUGUUUGCUGUGCUCCUUCUCAUUUACUUCUUGACCAUAAUGGGGAACAUCAUUAUAAUUUUCAUUACCCUUAUAGAUGUCUAUCUCCAGACCCCCAUGUACUUCUUUCUCAGGAACUUCUCCAUCCUGGAAAUUGGCUUCACUUCCAUCAGCAUCCCUAAGAUGCUGGCCAACCUCGUCAUGGACAGCAACACCAUUUCAAUCAGCUCUUGUUUUGUGCAAUUGUUUUUCUACUUCCUGGUGGGCAUCGCUGAACUUUUCCUCCUGGCAGUGAUGUCUCUGGAUCGCUAUGUUGCCAUCUGUCACCCACUCCGUUACCCUGUAAUUAUGAACAGAAAUGUUUGUAUCCAUUUAGUGGUUUGGUCUUGGGUGGGAAGUUUCAUGUCCGUUUUUUUCACAACUGUUGUCAUAACCCAGCUGCCCUUCUGUGGUCCAAACAUCAUCAACCAUUUUUUCUGUGAUAACUCACCACUGCUCAAACUGGCCUGCACUGACACACAACUGAUUGAACUGGUCGAUUUUAUUAUAGCUAUCGUAACUGUGCUGGGCACUUUGUCCACCACUGUUGUGUCCUAUGUCCAUAUAAUCUCUGCUAUCCUAAGCAUGCCUACCAAAACAGGGCAGCAGAAAGCCUUCUCCACCUGCGCCUCUCACCUCAUGGUAGUCUUCAUCACUUAUGGCAGCUGUAUCUUCAUGUACGUCAAGCCUGCACAUGAUGGUAAACUGGACUUCAACAAAGCAGCAGCCAUUUUCAACAAUGUGAUUUCCCCCCUGCUCAACCCCUUCAUCUACAGCCUGAGGAACAAGCAAGUUCAGAAGGCCUUAAGAAAGGCUUUUGGGCAAAGAGCACAGUUUUUUAAGGGCUUGAGAUAG